AUCAGCAGCGCGCGAGGUAGAGGAGAGGAGAGCCGGAGAUAAAGAGAGAGAGGGAGAUACUAGAGAAAGAGACCGCGACUGAGACAAGUGUCUUUCUAAGAGCUUUCCCUCACAAAGAUAGUUGGUUUGUCACCAUUCAAUCAACGUUAUGCUGCUGUAAUAGGAGUGUAACGGACUGGAGGAGGGUGGUUUAACUCACCACGAAGAGAUCUAUGGUUGGAUUUCGGCUUUUCUUUUCUUCGCCAAUGCAAAAGGAAAUAUGCAGCGAAGCUUCACCCUCCUCUACACCAGUUUUCUGGGAAUUUGCUUGGGUUCAAGUUUUCCAAGUAACAUCAAUAUAGGGGGAUUAUUCCCAAUCGAAUCGCAUGAAUAUGAGGUGUUUCGGUUUGCCCUCACGCAUCACCAGGAUAUCCCUAAACUGGUUCCCCAGGUGGAUAUGGUCAAGCUGGGGAACAGCUUCUCCAUGACAUAUGCUUUCUGCUCCCAGUUCUCCGAAGGCGUGUACGCCAUCAUCGGCCUGUACGACCGGAAGACGGUCAACAUGCUGAUGUCGUUCUGCGGGGCGCUGCACGUGUGCUUCGUCACGCCCUCCUUCCCCAUCGAGACGGCCAACCAGUUUGUCAUCCAGCUGCGGCCCGAGCUGCAGGACGCCCUGGUGGGCGUGAUCGAGCACUACCGCUGGACCAAGUUCGUCUACAUGUACAGCUCCGACUCAGGUCUGUCCGUGCUGCAGAAGGUUCUGGACACGGCGGCCGAGAGGAGCUGGCUGGUGACCUCGGUCAACGUGGAGAGCAUGACGGAGGCCUCGUUCCUCAAGGUGUUCCAAGACCUGGACAAGAGGAAGGAGGGGCAGAUCAUCAUCGACUGUGAGACCGAGAGACUCACCAACAUCCUCAAAAAGAUUGUGGAACAUGGGAAGAAUGCUAAGAGCUACCACUACAUAUUGGCCAACCUGGGCUUCGUGGUCAUCUCCACCUACACGCUCAGCUAA